AUGGCCGAAGGCUUGAAAAGUCUGAAGUACUCAAACAAAAAAUGGUUGUCGUGGCUACCUGCUAGAAGCUUCGUGAUUGGCUGUCUGGGCCAGCGAGGAAAAUGGCUGACCAGUAGGAAGAGGGUUCACAUUGUUGUACUAUCAAACGAAAAGAGAGGCGAACUCCUCCAUCAACACCCUCCUCAUCUGCCUGACAUUAAAUUUCAAACUUCCGGUCAAAACUCCGGAACCUGGCUCAUGACAUCUGUAAUACUAUUAGUUGGAUCGGCAUUACUGACAACGGUAUCACUGCUGGAAUCAGCAGACGAAGAUGACGAAGAGGAUGACGACGAUGACGUAGAAGAUAAGCGAGAUGGUUAUGACGAUAAACCGGGCAGAGGAUUAGAAUGGGAUGGGCGUCUGAAUUGA